AUGUCAGUAUUCACACCAAUACCCGAAGCUAUUGAAGCUUUCAAAAAUGGAGAAUUUUUAAUCGUUAUGGAUGACGAAGAUAGAGAAAAUGAAGGUGAUUUAAUCAUUGCAGCCGAAUUGAUCGAUCAAAAAAAGAUGGCAUUCUUAGUUCGUCAUUCUUCUGGUUAUGUUUGUAUACCUUUAUCACCAGAAAAAGCUGAUGCUUUAGAUUUACCUCCAAUGUAUGCCAAUAAAACUGAUAAACAUGGAACUAAUUAUACUAUAACUUGUGAUUAUGCUAUUGGUACCACUACAGGUAUUUCAGCUUAUGAUAGAGCUUUAACUGCCAAUAAAUUAGCUGACAGUACUUCAAAACCUGAAGAUUUCAUUAAACCUGGUCAUAUACUACCAUUAAGAGCCAAACCUGGAUUAUUAAAAGAAAGAAGAGGUCACACAGAAGCUGCGGUUCAAUUAUGUGAAUUAUCAGGAUUACAACCAGCAGGUGCUAUUUGUGAAUUAGUUAGAGAUGAUGAUGGUUUAAUGAUGAGAUUAGAUGAUUGUAUUGAAUUCUCCAAACAACAUAACAUCAAAUUGAUUAACAUCAAACAAUUAGUUGAAUAUAUUUCAUAG